AUGACUAGGCCGUCACCCAUGUCAGCGAUGUCAGCUAAAUCCCGUAAGCGAUCCAGAGCCCCUGAUUCGGAACGUUUCAAGAAAUCGAACCACGACGUUUGCCGAGAGUCACGCCCGCUAGCGGUCGUGAGAGAAGGAAAGCCUAACACUGACACUCUUAUCUCACCAACGUUUGGGCAACUUCACGACAAUGCAAGAAAACAGUUACUCGAAGGAAUCAUGGCAGACAUGAGUAAUAUUGGUGCUCUAACGCCUCACUCUGCAUUGCUCGAAUCGAUGGAGAAAUAUAAUGAGGAAGAGCUCAGGAAGCUAGACGAGAGACUAGCAGAGGAGGAGAAGCAAGAGGGAGAAUCUGAGAUAUCAGACGCUUUGAAGGCCAGAGCCAAUCAUCUAACUCAAAUUGGUGACAAGGAAAGCGCAGUCACAGCGCAAAAACUUGCCCUUGUGAAAACACCUGGCCUAGGCUCGAGGAUAGAUGUGGUGUUCACUCUCAUCCGACUAGGAUUUUUCUUCGGUGAUAAUGGCCUAAUCACUGAGAACCUCCCCAAAGCAAAAAGAUUCAUCGAGGGUGGUGACUGGGAUAGGCGUAAUCGUCGAAAAGUCUACCGCGGGCUCCGUAUGAUAUCCAUCCGCCAGCUUAAGGCUGGUAGCGCACUUCUCAAUGCACUAUCGACAUUCACUGCCACUGAACUCAAUGUACAACGACUUUCGACCCUUGGGCAGACAUAUCUUCUGCCCUCGCGACUCCUUUUGCCUCAUACCUGCUACUAUGUACGAGAGAUGCGCAUCUUGGCAUACAGCCAACUUCUGGAGUCCUACUGCAGUCUUACUCUUGAAAGUCUUAGUGGUGCAUUCGGCGUCGGCGUCGGCAUCGAUGAGCUCUCACGGUUUAUUCCCAACGGGUAUCUGCAUUGCACCAUCGACAGGGUGCACGGUAUUGUGGAGACGACGCGGACAUCGCUCAAGAACGCACAAUACGACAAAGUCAUAAAGCAAGGCAAUGUCUUGUUGAAUUCAGUACGAAGAUUCAGUAAAGUGCUGCACUAGUACUUUGUCUCGUCUCAGUGUUUCGUGUA